AUGGUAGAUCCAAGGGCCAGCUCUCAAGCUUCGAGCAACGAUUCCACACGCCAGGGGUUACCUGGUUACCGCACACCAGGCCUUCGCCCCCGUGCACUACCCUCGGUGCGCGGCGUGUGGCAGCAGUGGAUGCUGCACGAGUGCCUCUACUCGACCCUCCGCCUCGUAAUCGAUGCCUCUGCUCUAAAGCCCGUGCUGCUGCUGCCACCCGAGAGGGCUGCUGCUGCUGCUGCUGUGGAGGAGGGGGUGGGCGACUGGGAAGGAGAGGAGAAAGGGGAGGGAAGGGAGGAGGGAGUGGGAGAGGGCGAGGGGGGAGGUGAGGGAGCGGGAAAGGAGGAAGGAGAGGAGGAGCUGAAUGCCUACUUGGCUCUCUCUUAUGGUUCCUUUCCCCUCUCUCUUUCUUCCACCAGCGGCCACUCGCAAAAUGAGCACGGUUCCGCCACAAAGCAGCAGCAGCAGCAGCAGCAGCACUAUGUGAGCGGUGAGCCGCGAGUGUCUCUCUCUGAUGUGCCAUGGGCCCUCGUCCCGUGCGCCCACCCUGGCGCUGCAGGCUUCUGCUUUCAGCCACGGGACAAGCAGCAACGAGGGAUGGUGCCGGCGGAAGGAGGAAGUGAGGAUGAGGACGGGGGAGGCGGUGAGGAGCAGAGGUGCAUUGGGCGGGUUCAGAGGGAGGAGUUGAUGCAGGCAGCAGCAGCAUGGAGGAGACAGGGUGUUGGGUUGAGGCGGAGGCGGGAGGCCAAGAGGAAGGAGGUGGAGUUAGGCGGGGAAGAUGAGGAGGAGGUGGGGGCGCUUGCGUUUGAGAGAGUGGAGCAUGAUGAGGUGAUGCUGCGGGUGCUGCGACAGGUGGUGAGGAGGGGGGCGGGCAUGAGGAGGAGCGGAGGCAGAGAGAAGGGGAGAGAGAAAGACAUGCAAGAGGAUGAAGGAUUGGAUGGAGAGGAGGCUGCAGCGGGAAGGAGAGGCAGCAGUGGGUGGCAUGGCAGUGCCAGAGGCACCAACUCCGAAGCAGAAGUUAGAGAAGGGACAGUGGGGACAGAAGGGGCAGGGAGGACAGUAAGGGUCGAAGGGGCAGGUACAGCGGAGGGGGACGAAGCGCGGACAGUGGUGCUGGCGGUGGUGGCGUCUAACUACAGGGAGGUGAUGAUGAGCUGGGUGUGCGGGCUGCGCCGCCUGCAUGUGCACAACUACGUUAUAGCCGCCAUGGACAGGGAAACUUACGACUUUGCCCGUGAGCAGGGCCUCCCGGUGUUCCCCCACGCAUACGACGAUGCGUUCGGCCGCGACGAGUGCCACUUCGGCACGGACUGCUUUCUCAACGUGACUAAAGUGAAGUCUCGGGCCGCGCUGCGCGUGUUACGGGCUGGUUACCACGUGCUGUUUAACGACGCAGAUAUAUAUUGGUUUGCGGACGCGCGACCGAUAGUGAUGGGGUAUGGGCCGGGGCACAUGGUCGUUCAGAGCGAUAAUCAUAAUGACACGGGCCCGGAUAAUGACUAUCGGCGGCUCAACUCGGGGUUUUAUUUCAUUCGCUCAGAGCCGAGGGCAUUGGCGGCUCUUGAGGCAGUGGUUGCGCAUGCAGCAGCGUCCCCUAUAACAGAGCAGCCCAGUUUCUAUGAUGUGCUGUGUGGAGCUUCGUCUGAGUACACUGUGGGUGAUUCCCGGUGCUUAAAUCCGAAGUUCAACCUUACUGUGGAUUUCCUCGAUAGAAGUAGGUUCCCUAAUGGUGCAACGCGGAUGUUGUUCCACAUGGGAAAUAGUGUUCGGAAAGGGUGCGAAGAAAUGGGUUGCAUAAUAAUCCAUAACAACUGGGUGGCCGGAAGGCGGAAGAAGAUAAGGAGGCAGGUGAAGCAAGGGUUGUGGGAUUAUGAUGUUGGGGCUCGAAUGUGUAUUCGCUCAUGGUACGGCUCUAUGCUACAGCAGUUAUACUAG